CUUUCCCCCCCUCUUUCCUCCUCAUCUUUCCUUUCCGAUUCCCUUCAUCCUCCUCCCUCUGCAAUCUCCAUACCUCUCUCUGUUUGUCCAUUGACGCUCUGCUUCGAAGCUCACAGAGAAAAGAAAACCCACCAAAACCCACCUCUCGAAUCUUGCUGGUAUUCCUGGCGUCUCUGUUGAUUUUCGCCUACAUUUUCAACUCGAUGCGUUUAUUGGUGGCGAUAUGGAAGACAUGUGCUUGUGUUAGGUUCCAUCAACUUCAAGUUAAGGGGCAGAUAUUGUUUGAGAUUUACGCAGCUACGAAAUACUACUUCCUCGAUCAGUUAAGAUGGCUACAGAGCAGAACUUUCCAGAGGUUGUGGCUCGAAAUAACUCCGUUGGACAAGAUAAAUGUUCCUAUGAAAAAUGGAAUACGGCGUCUGAUGGAGUAGCAGACUCCGACAACAAAUCCUGCGGCACCUUCGACUGCAGCAUCUGCUUAGACUCUGUGCAGGAUCCAGUGGUCACCCUCUGUGGUCACCUCUACUGCUGGCCUUGCAUAUACAAGUGGCUUCAGUUCCAGAGCCCGUCUUCCGAAAACCAAGAUGAGCAGAAACUGCACCAGUGCCCUGUAUGCAAAGCUGAGGUCUCCGAGUCCUCUCUAAUCCCACUCUAUGGCCGGGGACAAACAACAAAACCCCCGAAACCCUCGAAGGGCAAGGCUCCUCAUAUUGGUAUAGUGAUUCCGAGAAGACCCUUUCGUCCUUGUGGGGUUGACACACCGCGAUCAGCCGGUACCCCAACCAGUCCAUACGUUACUCCACAACUUCAUUAUCGGAGUUCUCCUUACGGUUCACAACUAAACAGUCCCCUACGAGGCCCAAUGAAUAAUCCGGGCGUCGCCACAACCACGAUCAAUCCAGGAGUUGGAAUGUUUGGUGAAAUGGUAUAUGCAAGGGUUUUUGGCAACUCUUUAGCAAACUUUUAUACUUAUUCGAAUUCAUAUAAUCUCGCGGGGAGCGGUAGUCCGAGGGUUAGAAGGCAUGUAAUGCAGGCUGAUAAGUCGCUCAGCAGAAUAUGUUUUUUUCUCUUCUGUUGCUUUAUGUUGUGCCUCCUUUUGUUCUGAACAAAUUUUUACCUCCCCUUACCUUGCCCGAUUAAUUGUAACUGUAAAAAUGAGUAUAAGAUUAUAUGAAAGACGUGCUGAUUCAACCA